AUGAAAGUUAGUAAUUUACUUUUAGAAAAAUCUAAUCCUUUAAUAGAACAAUCCAUGACAGAAUUAAAAGUACAAGUUGAUAGAAGAAGAUUAGAAGCUAUGAUUAUAGGUGAAAUACAAGGUGAAAAUGCUGAAACAUUUUUUAAUAGAGUUGAGAAAAUAACUGGGGCAAAAGUUUAUUGGCCUUCGAGAUUGAAGAUUAAAGCAAAAACAAAAAAAGAUGUUGUUAUAAAAUUAAUUGGAAGUUCUCUGAACAUUCAAAAAGCUGCUCUAAUUAUUUCUGAAAGAUUAAGAGUUAGGAAAGAGAAAGCAACCCUCAAAAUGGAAAUUAGCCAUUGUCUUCAUUCACAAGUUAUUGGACGUGCGGGUAAAAAUACACAACAAAUAAUGAGGGAUACUGGUUGUCAUAUUCAUUUUCCAGAUUCUAAUAAAGUAUUAAGUCCAACAUUGCCUCAAGCAAAGAAUGAUCAAGUUUCAAUAUCUGGAUGUGUUAAAGAUGUUGAAAAAGCUAGGGAAUUGCUUAGAGCAAGUGGCCCUCUGACAAUUUCUGUAAAUAUACAACUAUCAUUAUCGAGAAGUGUUCGUGCUAUUCAACCACGACUAGAUCCAGUUUAUUUACAACGUCAUUUCAAUCCAAAUAAUUCAAAUAACGACUUAAAUAUCCAAUUUAGUCCGUGUGGAUUAGGGCCAUUAUCUUUUGGUUCUUUACAUUUUGUAAUGCGUUCAAGUACUCGAAAUGAAUUAGAAAUGCUUAGAGCUUUUGGAAAAAUAUGUCAAUUAAUUGGAAUUUUUCCAACGGGAGAAGAACUUUUUUGUUAUUCACAAUUUGAAAUUAGAUCAUCCGCUUUGCCUUCUUUAAGUGCUCUUAGAUGGAUUGCUUUUAGAACAAAUACACAAAUACAAUUAAAUGCCCAAGGUUUAUUAAUAUCUGGACCGUUAGAAGGAAUUUUUGUGGCAAGAAAGUUUAUAACGUGGCAUUUUGUCGAUCGGAGCCCUGGUUUAUUGCCUGUAUCUCUACAAUUUGAAAAACCAACAGAAGUACCAACUCCAUCAAAUUCUUUAUUAAGAAUAUUAGAACGUGAAUUAGAUUUACAAAUUUCUGAAAAAAGAAAACGUAAAAUGCCAAAAAUAAAUAAUGAAAAGGAAAGUGGAAAUGAUGAAAGGGAAUAUAUUAUUUGUACUUAUGAGGCAAAUUUAUUCAAUGUUUAUCUGGCUAGAAAUAAACUUCUUCAAUUAAAUAAUCAAAAUAAAAUAUCAGACUCUCCAGAAAAAUCCAAAGAAGAAAAUGCUGAUUCCGAUGACCAGUUUCCUCAAGACAAUGACAGAGCCGCAUUAAUGCGUAGUUUGUGCCGUGAAAGUCUUUUGAUAAAUCAACAACAACAACAACAACCAUUAAUAUCUCCAUCUAACUUUUCACUUUCUGUUAACGAAACAAAAGGAUUUAUAAAUACAAAUAAAAUGGAUUGGGGAAACCAAUUAGAAAAUAUUUGUAAAUUAAAUUUAUUAGAAGAAGACGGAGAGGGUGGGGGACCUAAAUCACCAGAUCCUCAAGAAUCGCCAAUAGCUGCUGGAUUACUUGCGGGGGCUAAAAGUGUUAAUUUACAAAAAGGAGAAUUUAGAAAAAUUUUGGAUCGAGAACGUUUAAGGCUUAGAAAUACAGCAAUUAAUACAACAAAUAAAUCAAUUUUUGUUAAUGAAAAUAAUUUAAAUAACAAAAAAGAGAAAUUAACUUCAAAUGAUAUUUGGGCAAUUUAUGGUUUUAGUAGUUCUUUACCAACAGAAUUAUUUAGUAAAAUUUCUAAAAAUAAUUCAAAAAAUAUUUGGAAUGAAGAAGAAAAUAAAAUUAAAGGAAGGCCAAUUGUUGGUAGAGGAAAUGAAGAAGAAUAUUUAAAUAAAGAAGAGGAAGAGGAAGAAAAUAAAAUUAAAGAAGAAAAUUUAAUUAAUGAAAAGAAAUUGCCUCCUAUUUUUAAUGAAAAUAUUCUUCCUCCACCUCCUCCAACAUCUUCUUCUUCUCAAUUAUUAAAUUCUAAUAUUUUUUCCACUUCCACUGAAACAUUUCCAACAAAAUCAACAACAAAUAAUUUAGAUAAUCAAAUAUUAAUUUCUGAACAAGAAGGAGAUGAUAAAGAAGAAAAUAAUAAAUUAAAAAAUCAAUUAAUUGAAACAAAAAAAGCAACAGCACUUGUCCAUCCUCGAGUAGCAGCUUUACAGGCUGGAGAACAACAAAAAAGAGCUCCAAAAUUUGCAAUGAGUGCAGGAAAUUCUUGUCUUUUCGAGACUUCUACAAAUAUUAUUACUCCAAAUUUCUCCAAAAUUCCUAAUGAAAAUAAAUCUUCUAAAUUUCAAUUAAAUGAAAAUAACAAUAAUGAAUGUACUCAACAACAAUUACUUCCUCCUCCUUCUCCAACUCCUCCUCCUUCCCCUCAAUGGGAUAUUCGUGUUUUGACUGAACCUUCUUCUGUAUUAACACAAUUAGGGUUAUCUGAACAUAUUAAUUUAUUUCGUGAACAAGAAAUUGAUAUGCAGGCAUUUUUAUUAUUGGAUGAGCCUUGUUUAAAUACUCUUGGAGUAUCCACUUUAGGUGCUAGAAAGAAAAUAAUGCAUGCUGUAACAAAAUUACGAGAAUCAGCUCGUCGUUAUGGAAUUUACUCACUUUAA